CCCACUUUCAGGGACAUUUGGAAUUUCCUGGUGUUCAGUUGGUUCUAGAGGUCAGAAAGGCGCCCCCACACCCACAGAAUUCAGAGACCCAACAAUGUCUCUAUGUUCUGGAAAUGCUUUCCGGAGAAAAUUUUCUUGGAGCUAUAGGCUGUUGUCAACUUAUGUCACUAAGAUGAGGUAUUUAUCAGAACUGAAGGAAGAUGAUGAUGCAUGUAAAAAUGCCCAGCAGACUGGAGCCUUUUACCUCUUCCACAACCUUUCUCCUUUGCUUCAAAAAUCAGAACACAAGUACCUGGUGCCCCAGCAUAGUCUAGUGGAGUUGGAACGGCUCCUGGGUAAGCUAGGACAAGACACACAGAGAAUAGAAGAAUCUGUACUGAUUGGCUGUUCUGAACAACAUGAAGCCUGGUUUGCUCUGGAUCUUGGUCUCAGGAACUCUUCCUUAAGCGCUUCCUUACUGAAACCUGAGAUGGAGACAGAACUUCGGGGCUCCUUCACUGACCUGAGAAAAGCCCUUUUUCAGCUGAGCACAAGGGAUGCCUCCUUGCUGACCACGGCUCAGGCCCUCCUGCGUUGGCAUGAUACUCACCAGUUCUGCAGCAAAACUGGGCACCCCACCAAAAAGAACAUGGCAGGCAGCAAGCGUGUGUGCCCCUCCAGUAAGAUCAUCUAUUACCCGCAGAUGGCUCCUGUGGUGAUCACGCUGGUGACAGAUGGGCCACGAUGCCUGCUUGCCCGCCAGAGUUCUUUCCCCAAGGGAAUGUAUUCUGCCUUGGCAGGUUUCUGUGACAUAGGUGAGAGUGUGGAACAAACCAUUCGGCGUGAAGUGGCAGAAGAAGUGGGACUGGAAUUGGACAGCCUACAGUACUCCGCCUCGCAGCACUGGCCCUUUCCUAACAGCUCCCUCAUGAUUGCCUGCCAUGCUGCUGUGAGGCCGGGGCAAACCGAGAUCUGUGUGAACUUGAGCGAACUUGAGGCAGCUGCUUGGUUCAGUCAUGAAGAGGUGGCAGCAGCCCUGCAGAGAGACCAGCAGCAGGGCAGGGGACUGCCAUUUUGGCUACCCCCCAAGAUAGCAAUUGCCCAUCACCUGAUUAAGGAGUGGGUGGAGAGAACAUGUUAGGCAGCUUAGGUCCUACUGUGGUGCCUAGAUCCUGCCUCAGUAUCCUGGAGCAUCAUGUCCAAGACCAGCUGAUACAGGGCAGGCAGCAAGAUCCUGCACAACCUUGGGAGACAGAAUAGAAGCUGGCAUUCCUCUGCCAGCGCCCAUGCAAGAAGCUCCUACCAGGCAAUCAGGAUACCAUGUAAAGGUGAAGAGACGGAAGCUGUCAAAGCACAGUGGAAAGCUUGAAUUAUUUGCUUGGAU